UGUAUAUAUUGACAAUCAAUUAGGAAACACCCUGUAUAAACAAUACAAAAGAUGAAAUCGAGGUUCCAAACGCUUGGCAACACCGGAAGUUUUUGUGUCAUUUUUGACGUUGAUGUUUUUCUCCUUUUUCUUGUGUUUAUGGCGACGCGGUGGCGGUGGUGACUGCAUAUAGUCUUUGUGGUGUAUGUGUAUGUGUUUUUGUGGUAACUGUUGUAAUAAUAAAAUUCUAAAAGUGUUGUGUUGGGUGCUACGAUUGAAAAUUGUAGCUGGACUGUUGCUUUACAGGACUCUUUAAUUCACUUUUGUAGCGAUGUCUCGCAAAAGAGAUAUUUCGAGAGAGGAAAUUGCUCGACAGUUUUUGUUACCAGAAAGGCAAUCUAAAAUUGAUACUCUAUUAAAACAGGAUGGGCAAGCAUAUUGCAUUUGCAGAUCUUCUGAUUCAUCAAGAUUUAUGAUUGCAUGUGAUGCGUGUGAAGAAUGGUACCAUGGAGAUUGUAUUAGAAUAUCAGAAAAAGAGGCAAAAAACAUCAAACAAUACUACUGCAUCCGCUGUAAAGAGGAGGAUCCAACAUUGGUUACUCGUUGGAAAACAAAGAAAGAGCGACAAGAACGCGACGAUGUUCAAACUGCGAAAACAAACUCUGAAGACUAUAGGUCAAAGAAAAGGAAGGAACGUGGAGAAAGCAAGAAUGACAAAAAGGUUAAAAAAUGCGGAGAAUGUAUGGGUUGUUACAGAACUGAGGACUGUGGAAGAUGUGACGUGUGCACCAGAAAGAACAAGCAUGGUUCUUCCAGAAAUAAAGAGAGGUGUAAACAGAGGAUUUGUAGCAAUUUGUUAGGAGGAGCUAGAAGAAAAAGGCGUGAUUCCAGUUCAGACAGGGAACAAUCUCACAACGAGCAUUUGAAAACUGAUUACCCUCGCCAAUGUUACGGGCCAAAAUGUGUGAACAGCGCCCGAUAUGGCUCAAAGUACUGCUCAGAAGAAUGUGGCAUGACUUUGGCCAGGACGAGAAUCCUGCAAGUUCUUCCGCAGCGCUUGCAGGAAUGGGCACUUACGCCUUCUGUCGCCGAGGAAAUCAACAUUAAAGCAUUGGACCAAGUCCGCAAACAACAACAUGAGGUGAAGCAAAUCCUGCGAGAGUUGGAUAUUCGUCAUAAAGAAUUGGAUGCUAUCAUAGAGCGAGCUAAAAGUGCGACUAUUGAUCCAGAUCAAGAGAAUGACAAUGAGGAUGACUCAGAAAUAUCGACUUAUUGCGUCACUUGCGGCCAUGAAAUUCAUUCUAGAACGGCUAUUAAACACAUGGAGAAAUGUUUUAAUAAGUACGAAUCGCAGGCAUCGUUCGGAUCUAUUUUCAAGACACGCAUUGAAGGGAAUAACAUGUUCUGUGACUACUACAAUCAAGGAAACAGAACUUACUGCAAAAGGUUGAGAGUGCUUUGUCCAGAGCACUGCAAGGAUCCGAAAAUAGGAGAGCACGAAGUUUGUGGUUGCCCUUUGGUUACCAAUGUAUUUUCUCUCACCGGGGAAUUUUGUAGAGCUCCGAAAAAAUCUUGCAUCAAGCAUUACGUUUGGGAAAAGCUCAGAAGAGCAGAGAUCGACUUGGAAAGAGUACGUCAAUGGCUGAAAAUGGACGAGUUAUUAGAAAAAGAGCGCCAAAUCAGGAGCAGUAUGGCAAACAGAGCUGGUGUCUUAGCUCUCGUGUUGCAUAGCACGUACAACCAUGAGCUGAUGGAACAAAUCACUAAGGUUCAAGAUCAACAGACCGCUCAGCGAGAGAUGUCCAAAAGAAUGAAAAGUAGAUAAAUUGCAAAAACAUGAAUUUAUAAUAGCUCGUAAAAUAUUGAAUAAAGUUGUUUUCCUUCCUCCAACAUUA